AUAUCUCCUUUCUUCUCUUAUUAUGAUAGUUAAUACAGCUGCUCAUUUACCUAAACUCGCUCCACCCACAAAGAAAAUCCCACACACACUGACUUGUGUGAGAGAGAGAGAGAAUUCACUAUUUGAAACCAAAAAUGUCCUUACCACAAUUGCUCCACCAACCAUAGCCGGCCAUGCCUAUUUCUACCCAUUCCCUUCUCCCCACCACCAAUGCCGCCCUCCUCCUCCCCCACCCGCCGCCGCUGACCAUCCUCUCUUCUCUGCCAUGUCCCACCGCGCCUCUCCCCAUCUAGCCGCCGGAUCCACCGACCCGCCGCCGCCCCCCGACGAGUCCUUGCUUGUCGACCGCCUGCUGGAUUCGGAGUCCCGUCACGCGCCCCGACCCGACUACGUCCGUCUCUGCCGGAGCCGCUCCGGCCUUCGCACUUCUCGCCAGGACGCCAUCAACUCCAUCCUCCAGGUUCAUUCACAUUUUGGAUUCAAACCGGUGACUGCUUUUCUCUCCAUUAGCUACUUCGAUCGGUUUUUAUCCUCUCGUCCUCUGCCGGAAAUCGGAUGGGCAUUUCAGCUUCUGACGGUGGCGUGCUUGUCUCUGGCGGCGAAAAUGGAGGAAACGUGCGUCCCGAUGCUUUUGGAGCUGCAAGCGCUUGAGCCGACGUACGUUUUCGCGCCGGAGACAGUACAGAGAAUGGAGCUUUUGGUGCUGGCGACUCUCAAGUGGAAUCUACGCUCCGUUACUCCGUUUGAUUUCCUCCAUUUCUUCGUCUCCGUGCUCCGCCCGUCUGCCUCCGGCUUAGAUUCAAUUUCCGCCGUUAAUGGCCUCGCUUCCAGUAUUAUCCUAAAGACCACCCGUGUGAUAGAUUUCCUCGGAUUUACACCGUCGGUGAUCGCCGCAGCCGCUGUGAUUGCCGCCGGCGGCGGGGAUGUGAGCCUGCCCGACUCCAUCGAUGCGAGGAUAAGCAGGGUAAGCGGCCAUGGGGUGGAUUUGGAAAUGGUGAGGAGCUGUCUUCAACUCAUGGACGAAUACCUGUUCGACACGUGUCCAUCCAAAGUACUGAGCAUCGAGCCAGUCGCCCCGCCGAGUCCGCUUGGCGUCCUUGACGCGGCGGCUUGUGCCAGCUGUGAAUCCCAUGCCGAGAAUCUAGCUUCGGUUUCCGGUUCCGUAUUCGGCUCGGACGCUGACCGAGAAAACAAGCGGCACAGAUCAUCUGAGCCGGAUGUACAGGAAUAGUAAGGCUUAGAUAAGUAUCGAAAUAAUUUGUUUUUUCUUUUUAUUUUAAUUUAAUAAACACUAGUGAUAAGAAAUUUUGUUCUAAUUUCUUAAUUUUGCUUAUUCCAAAUUAAUUACAUGGCUGGCUAUUAAUUACUAUUACAUGCGGCCCAGCAGGUGCUUUGCAUAAUUAUAGCUACUCUGAUUUUAGACUUUAUCAAAGUCCCUAUUAAUUGUUUGCCUUUCCCAGUGUAUCAUAAUCUGCUUGUUUGGCUGGGUAAAAAGUUUUCCACCCUUUUUUGUUUUUUUUUUACACAAUUACUACAAUAAUUUUGUCAUGGAGAGUAAAUUACAGUUUUACCUUUACCCACAAAUAAUAAGGCUGUAACCCAGUUUAUCGUUUAA